UGUGGGAGAGUCGAGGAUAAAAUAGGAGAAGACAAUCCUGGAUAUUAGCAUUGUUCUGGGUUAUUGAAGAUGGACAAAUGCCAUCCAAGAGUGGCGAGAGGAAAAAGGACAAUUCCCCCUUAAUAACACACACACACACAACAUCAAAGCAUGAGUAGAAUGCAACGCUGUGAAACCCCAACCAACAUGAAGUUGACCCUUCACUUCCUCACUUUCUAUUGGCUGAUCUUCACUUUCACCCCAGGUAUGUGUUAUUUCCUGGGUGACAGUAAAGCGGUGUUGAGUGGUUGUGCUGAGCACUGGAUGCUGCAGGAUGGCGUUGUCCUGCCUUUCCUCUACAAGAUGACCGCUUGUGUUCAUGUUAGAGUGGUCGUCCCUGGUGAUUGGAUAGCCUUCCAGUAUAGCUCUGUUUUUGCCCCAAAACCUGAGCUGGGAUUGGAGGGCGACAAGGAUGCUGUCUACGCUUGGCUACUGGGAGUCCGACACCGUUUCCCGCUAUCACUCACGCCCACAUACUGGCACCAGCUGUGUCUCCAUAGAGAAGUGUUGCACAACUCGUUCAGUCUGGAGAUUGAUGGGGACAUAGUUGCUGAGAGAACAGUUAUUGCCAAGGUGAUUACCACCACUGGAUUGCUGAGUUAA